UAUUGAUCAGAAAUUCAUCUUUCUCAAUUCUGAUCUUUGACCAACACGGUAUAAGUAGACGUUGGUUCUGAAUUCCUGUAAAGGCAUAAAUAUGUCUUUCGUUUGUGUGGUGCAGUGUUGAAUGUUUAUUCGAUACGCAUAAGUUGAUGUUUUAUUGUGAAGAUGAUUUUAUUUAUGAGAUUCGUAGGAUUGCCGCUGAAAGUAGUAAUACCAAAUUUGACAUUAGGCUCCAGUCCCAAUGGAACAGUGCAGUGGAGAAUGGGUAUUUUAGAUAUCGCUUAAAUAUUAAACAUUCGAGAACACUGCCAGGAAAGUAUUCAUUUUUGGCACAGCUGAAUACUGACAGACAUUUAAACCGACGGGCACCUGAAGAAAUAACAUGCGUAUCUCAGCCAUUCGAUGCCACAAAGUUCAACUUUACAAACGUUAAGAACGAAGAAUACCUGUUUGAAAUUAAGAGAAAUUCUGCAGAUGAAUCUGUGGGACACUUCCUCAUUAUCAAUGUGAGCCCUUUAGAGUAUGGACAUACGUUGCUGUUGCCAGGCCUGUUUAGUUGCCUGCCACAGGUGGCAAACUUGGAAAGCAUACGGCUUGCUGUAGAAGUCCUGCUUCUUAGUGGAUCUCCGGCAUUGAGAGUGGGGUUUAAUGGCCUCUGUGCUUUUGCAUCAGUUAAUCAUUUGCAUUACCAUAUGUACUAUCUGCACCAUCAUAUGCUGUUGGAGAAUGUUAAAGUUGAUCAUUUAAGUGGUCCCUGUUAUCAACUUGUGGAUUACCCGGCACCAGGCUUUGUGUUCCAACUUCCAGAGAACCGAAGUGUAGUGGAUUUGGCAAGGUCCGUGUGUUGUUUGACUGAGUACUUGCAAAAUGCCAACAUACCACACAAUCUUUUCAUAACUCGAGGCAGCAGACUUCAUGAAGCAGAUGCUGGUGAAGUAUACACCACAGUGAGGGUGUAUGUCUGGGCAAGGAAACCUUCUGCAACUGCUAAAGAUUUAUACGCAUUCAACCCAGCGCUGUGUGAGCUGUUUGGACAUUUGAUCAUCAAAACCGAACCUGAGUAUUGGUCAUUGACAGAAGAAAAGGUGGCCGCAGUACUUAGUGACAUAUGUCAAGAGCCAUUUGCAAAGGUUCAAGAAAACGUAAGACAUUUGUUUGAACAUCACUGCACCUAACUGUUGAUUUACUGCAGAUUUGGUUCCCUGGGAUACAUGGAAUGCGUUCUUCUCUUUAUGUGAUGAUAUUAGGUGUUAGGUAUGUUGGUGCUAGUUAAUUGUUAGAUCGGAUGAUACAGAUGUUUGACAAUUAUAAUAAAGAAAUAUGAUCAAAUAAUA